AUGACGUAUCCUGGCCAAAGCGGGUGCUGGCCUUAUGCCACAAACCCCCAAUUUGAGUCUUCCCAUUUGGGUCUUCAUAACCCUGGUGCCAGGAAAAACAGUGGAAAUAUGGAUGCCAGCAAAAGGGGGGAAAGAUGCCAAAAGAACGGAUCGGGUGACGACCGACCUCUCGUCAACCUUCAUGUCGGACACGGACUGUUUGGGAGUAUCCAUGGCGUCAGUAGAGGAGGCCUCAGCGCUCUCAGCACCAAGGUCGGCCCUCGUUCCGGGGACCAGAGUACUCUGCCGGGAAUCGAUACCGUGGACUCGACCGUGGGACCGAGAAGAUCCGGAGCCCUUAAAUCUAUAGACGGGUCAAACUCCCAGAGUCCCUGGUCCCGUCUCUGGCAUCAUCCCAUACAGAACUCCAGCCCCCGGAGAAAGGACCACUUUGGUGUUGACCGGCGUGGGCCUGGGGUGAAGGGAAACCUAGGAGUAGGAAUGGUUCCAUUUGCAACGUCCAGUUUUGUGUGGCUAUUGGACAUGGUGUCAGUGAACCUGCAUAAUGACUCUACUAUAACUGAGUUUGUUCUGAUGGGAUUCCCGGUUCCUGAGGAGCUACAGAUCAUCCUGUUCUUGGUGUUUCUAGCCAUCUAUCUCUUCACUGUGGUGGGGAACCUGGGAAUGGUUCUGCUGAUCAGGAUGGACUCCCGGCUUCAUAACCCCAUGUAUUACUUUUUGAGUGUCUUGUCUUUCCUGAAUGCCUGCUACUCUUCAGUGGUCACCCCCAAGAUAUUGGUGAAUUUUUUAGCGGGGAAUAAAUCCAUCUCUUUUUCUGACUGCGCCGCACAAAUGCUUUUCUUCGUAACUUUGGGAACCACUGAGUGUUUUCUUCUGGCUGCUAUGGCUUAUGAUCGCUAUGUGGCCAUUUCUAAUCCUCUGCUCUACAUGGCCGUUAUGUCACCCAGAAUCUAUGUGUUGCUCAUCAUUGGCUCCUAUAUUGGUGGCCUCCUGCAUGGCAUCUUACAUACAUCUGCCACCUUCAGUUUAUCCUUCUGUGGUUCCAAUGAAAUCAGACAUUGUUUCUGUGAUAUUCCCCCACUCUUAUCCCUCUCCUGCUCUGAUACGCACAUCAACGAACUGUUACUCUUUAAUGGUGUAAGCGCUAUUGAGGUGGUCACCAUCCUGAUUGUGCUCGUCUCCUAUGGCUACAUCCUGGCUGCCAUCCUGAGGAUCCGUUCCACUCAAGGGAGACACAAGGCUUUUUCAACCUGCACCUCCCACCUGGCAGGAGUAACCAUAUAUCACAGUACGAUACUCGUCGCGUACGUCAGACCCAUUUCAAGCUACACUCUGGAGCAUGGCAUAAUGGCGUCUCUAUUUUACACGGUUGUGAUUCCCAUGAUGAAUCCCGUAAUUUACAGUCUAAGGAACAAGGAUGUGAAGGAUGCUUUUAAAAAAGUUUUAGAGAAACAUUUUCAGUGA